ACCACGACACAGCUGUGGACGAGGGAUGGGUACGAAGUUCAAAAGCAGAUCACGUUUUUAGAGGAACUUUCCUACCUGACGUGUUAAGUGAUGUCGUUAGUCAAAGAUAACAUUAUAUGUGGAGUGAUCGUACUUGCUACUCAGGUGACAUAAUGAGUGGCGAGAAAGAAAAGCAUAUUCGAAAGGGCUCAGACCCCCUUAUUCAGACAGCCCGAGGGAAGCUCCAAACCAAACGCUCCAAACUCAAUGACCAAAUCAACCGUGAGCUGCUCAUGCGGAAAGGAGCAGAAAACCUCUUCAGAGCGACAGAGAAUAAGAGACUGAAGGAGCUGGUCUCCCUGGAACUCUCAUUUUUCAACUCCAAUAUACAGCUGUUAAAGGAGGAGCUGUUAGAGCUAAACAGCUCAGUGGAGGUGUAUCAGCAUGACAGCGUUGCAGCCAGCAUCCCCAUGAUUCCCAUGGGGCUGAAGGAAACCAAGGAAGUGGACUUCAAAAUUCCUAUUAAGGAUUUUAUUUUGGAGCAUUACAGUGAAGAUGGAGAAUCGUACGACAGAGAAAUUCAGGAGUUAAUGGACAUCAGACAGGCCGUGCGAACCCCUGUGCGUGAUGAGACUGGUGUGGAUCUCUUGUUCCAGUACUACAAUCAGCUGUAUUUCAUGGAGAAGCGUUUUUUCCCCCCUGACAGACGGAUAGGCAUACACUUCACUUGGUUCGAUUCGCUAACAGGCGUACCCCACACUCAGCGCACGGUGGGCUACGAGAAAGGCAGCAUCCUCUUCAACAUCGCGGCGCUCUACACACAGAUUGCCUGUAAACAGGAUCGAACCACCAUUGGCUGUCUGGAAAAAGCUACCCGUUACUUUGAGAGGGCAGCGGGAGCAUUUCGACACCUUCACAACAACUUCAGUCAUGCUCCGAGUAUGGACAUGAGGCCGCAGACGCUCAGUGCUCUGGUAUAUCUGAUGUUGGCACAGGCACAGGAAUGUACCCUGGAGAUGAGAAUGCUGGGGGGUGUACCCCAGGGGAUCCUUAGUUACCUGAGGGUUGCUCAAGAAGCAGCUAUGGUGAGUAAAAACUUUAUGGGUAUAGAUGUUUUUGAAUCACAAGGUUGGGUCCCUCUGGAAGUGAAACAAAAGAAUCUGAUUUGCCCCAAGCCCCCGGCUACACUGGAGCAGAGGAAACUUCAGGGUAAAGGCCAUCUGCGCGAGGCGAUAUUACUCCACGAGGAAGCCCUGCGGAUCCACAACCUCUGUAAACAGCUGAGGAAGAUUGACACAUUUCAGGGCAUUCUUCGGCACGCUCAUGAUCGGACUCUGGCCAAAUUUGCUGAGCUUGAGGAAGAAGAUGACUUUACUGAACUGGUUGAUGUGCCGCUCAUUUUAGCCCAGGUUGAACACCAGGUGGCCCCAAUUCCACCAGAACUUCCAAAGCAUAAAGUCCCAGAUGUUUUUGAACGAUUGGGUCCAAUUAAAAUCUUCAGUGCAAAGACUCAGUGGUCAGCGCCCCGUACAGUUACCCUACAGAGGCGCCCUGAAGGGUUCGGGUUCAGCGUAAGAGGUGACAUGCCCGUCAUUGUCGCAGAUGUGGAAUCCCAAAGUGUUGCUGAGGAGGAGGGGAUGAAGGUUGGGGAUUUCGUAGUUCAGGUCAGCGGUGUGGAUACAAAGUGGGCGCAUCACGAUGAUGUAGUCAAGCUGGUACGACAAGCUGGUAACAGUCUUACCGUAAAACUGGUAACGCCCAUGGGUCAGAGCUUCCUAGAUCAACGUGUGUCUCCCCCAGCUAGCAUUCCUAGCACCCCCAGUACCCCUACACGCAUGCAAAGCCCCAACGGCAGCAUGGUCAGCAGUAAAAGUGGUAAAAGCGGGAAGAGACUGAGUGCAUCCUGGAUUUUCGCGCGCAAAAACUCCAACAAAGACAACGUCCUUGAAAGGACAGUGCCUUCAAACAGUGAAGUGAUGUUGCGGUAAUAAACUGCCUUCAGCACUGCUGCAAUUUAUCUGUUUAUUCAGAUAUCCUAACAUGUGAUACUAAUAUGUGUGUGCAAAUAAACAGAUAUGAGAUAUGUUAAUACAUGGCAGAGCCCCUCCAGUGUUCAUACACUAGCAGAGCCCCUCCAGUGUUCAUACACUACUAUAACCCCCCCAGUGUUCAUACUCCAGCAAAGCCCCUCCAGUGUUCAUACACUAGCGGAACCCCUCCAGUGUUCAUACACUACCAGAACCCCCCAGUGUUCAUACACUACCAGAGCCCCUCCAGUGUCCAUACACUAGCAGCGCCUCUCCAGUGUCCAUACACUAGCACAGCCUCCCCAGUGUUCAUACUCCAGUAUGAAUGGUGCUGAGCCAAAACCUGAAUGUUACAUACCCAAAUCCCAGUCUUCUAGCUAUUUUUACACCCAUGAUGUUGUGUAUUUUUUGUGAGAUUUAGAAGAUUAUAAUAUUUUGUAUGGAAAGGCAAUGAAUACUAAUAAACGAAAAAGAGUCAAAUCGCUCUCCCAUUCUUAGAGAAAUGUUGUAAAGUCAUGAUUGAGGGUAGAUGAAAAAUGGUUCCAAUGAAAGUGAUUAUGAUGGAAACGGACUAGAAUUAUGAGGUUUAAUGCAAUUUUUGUAUUACAUUUGUGAACAAAUGAUAUAGUUGCAAGAAAUUAUAUGAAACUGCUGCCUUGACAAAUGCCAUUAUAUUUCAAUUUAUCUUAGUAAAAUUGCAGACAUAUGAAGUGUACUUGUACAUAGUUUUACUGUAGUUUCUUUUUCUACUUGUACAAAACAAUAUUGAUAUAUUGAAGGUAACCCAUAAAGGAGCAAAUGUACCAACUUACACAGAUAAGACUUACUCUAUCACCUUCCUUCUUUCAUAGCAGACUAGUAUAUUAGCUGGCAGGCCAGCAUUGGAACCCCAGUUCCCUGUAUUUCCCUUUUAAAUCCGAUAAUGUGACUUUAAAAGUUAAAAACAAAUUAGAAAUUGAAUAUAAAAUACUCCUUUUUACACACUUUUUUGUUUAUGGGUAUGUUUUAAUAAUGGAAGUAUUAUGUAUAUAUUCACAUGUAUCAGCUAUGAUAGUAUUAUUAGUUAUGUGCUAAUGUGCAUGUACAAUAGGUUGUUGUGUUGAGCUAGGUGUGCACAGCUGGUUCCCUCAGUUAAGUGGGUUUAUGUCCGUUGUAGAGCACUGUCCAGAAUGUUUACGUGUUGGUCAUACCUCAGAUUCUACAAAGAUUCAGACUUAGGGUGUUUAUUGGUGAUAACACACAGGUAAACUUAAAAUUGUAGCUAUACUCUGUGCCUUACAUUUAUGUCUUCACAACUUCUAGAAUCACAUAGGCGGCUGUUGAAUAUUCAUUGUUUCGGGAUUUUUUUUUUUUAUGUGCAUAAAACACGUCUUGUUUCCCAUACAGGAGGUAUAAUAUGUGAGUGCUGAUAUGUGGCAGAGUGUAUUAGUGCUGACUCUAGAGGUAUAGAACUACAUGUAGUCUGGUUCUCUGUUUGCUAAUGCUCGAUUGUGCUCUGUCAGUCUUGUUUCCUUAUGUUAGAAUUUUCGUGUUCAUCUGGACAGAUAUGAUAGCCCUGUAUACAUACACAGAUUACAAGUUGCCCAUUGUGAGAAUAUUUGACACGUAUUAUUGUAAACCAAGGAUGUACUCCACUGUAUAACUUACGGUUAUGGUAGUUCAUGGUUUUUAAUCCCGCUUUUACACUGCAAAUGGCUCUAACCUGUACUAACUGAAACUAAAGAUUUUAUACUCAAUUCAGAAAACCUUUAAUGUUUCCAUUUUCCUUUUACAGCUGUGGUCAUUUGAAUGCUGUUACUUGUAUUUUACAUUUUAUGAAGAAAAUCUUCAUCACUUCUGGUUACACAUGGAAGGAAUUGUUAUGCACAUAUACAGCUAAACAUUAUUAAAAAAAAAAAAAAAAACAUUUACGCCAGCCUUCUUGUGAAAAACAUUUACAGCUGUGUUCUCUAUCAUAGAAAUGUAGGAUUCGCAUGUAUAACAGUUAGCUAGCCACUCUGUUCAUUAAACAGUUACAACCACUGUUCAUCGAGCAGUUAUAGCCACUCUGUUCAUUAAACAGUUACAACCACUGUUCAUCGAGCAGUUAUAGCCACUGUUCAUUAAACAGUUACAACCACUGUUCAUCGAGCAGUUAUAGCCACUGUUCAUUGAACACUUAGUUCACGUCUCCAUAUACUGCUACAAAGUGUGCAGAUUUUCAACUGGCAAGGGCUUGAGGUCAGUGUGUGCACAUGUUGAAGGUUAGUUGACCAUUUUCAGGUUUGACGAUACACUCUAUUUGGACGAAUAUUACCAUAUGCAUGAUCUACUGAUUCUAAAUAGUUCUGCGUUUUGUGGGUCGGCCUGUUAGGAUAACUAAGUAACUGAGUGUCCAGAUUAGUGGCAGUGACAUGAGGCAGGUUUUGCAUUCUGAACACUAAGACUACUGCUAAGAAUAUUCAGGUGUACAUAUUUUGUGUUUGAGACUGGUCGUGAUAUUCGUGAUCACAGCUUAUUUGCAAAACAAUUAAACAACAGCCAUUCUUGCAUCAUUUUGUAAGAUUGUUUUAAUCCCUUUUUCAUCUUUGCCCGUUUGCAUCAAAAUCACUUACAAUCAAAUCUUCGUGCAGAUAUUGGUUUGCUCAAGUUAGUUUACUGCAGGAAGACUGGAUCAUCCAGUUUUAUGAAUGAAUGUAUGUUUUUGUAUACUAGUAUGUAUGGCCACUUACCGUUAUAAGUAUUCAGUUGUUCUGCACAGUCAUUCCUCUGUGUAGACACACAUAAAUUUCAUCAAAUUCAUAGUUUUACACUUGUGCUUAACUGCUAGGGGAUCACUUUGAAUACUGAUGACCAGUUAUUUUUAAUGUUGAUGUGUUUUUGUUGCUCUUUUAUUAAAGAUUGUUCACUGAGAAAUUCCAUAAUGUUUAAUAUGCUCAAUACUAUUUUAUAACGUAUCAUGAAGCUUUAACCGUCAGUGGUCAAUACAGCACAUUCUGUAGACACUGCUGUUAUUGGCAGGGAUCAGUUGAUUUUUGUUGUUCCUUUUCUCUUUAAGCCUUUUUUACGAUCUGAGAGGAAGGAAAAAGUGUGUUCAUGUGGUUAAAUGCUUGGUUAAUAUAUCCUGUAUACAAAAACUGAAUUCUACAUGUAUAAGGAACACUUACACUAUUAAACUCAUCCAUAUAAAUCAUCUCAUUUGUAUGGAUUGGUUAAGAAUCAAAUGUGCAUAUAAACAUUUUCAUUUUAUAAUUGUAGAUGCAAGUGAACAUGAUUAUUUCAAUACAUCUACAAAGAGAACAAGAAAUCCAUGCAAUAUGUAUAUUAUCAAAGAGUGCGUAUCAUAUAUUUUGUUUCUAGUUGACGUCCGAGAGAUUUGGUUGUGGAACACGUGCAUGUAGAAGUGUUUUUACUAAUUUUCAUUCCGUCAGUUAAAUUAGACAUUUGAAUAUAUAUAUGUCCUUAUCUAUGCACAGACAAGGUUUUAUUGUUAUUGUAUACCAUGGUAUCUGUUUACUUCAAUAAACGUCUAACUUUACCACUGA